AUGUCGGUUCAAUUUUGUAAAGACGGCCAUCUGAUUUUAAUUAAGGUCAAGAACAGGGAAGAGAUUCAUUAUGUGAUAUUACAAGGAGAGGAGCCCCCGCCCCCGCGCCCGCGAGGAAGAACGAGAGCGGCCAGGAAGAUCCAGGCCUGGUGGCGGGGCCUGCUGGUGCGCCGGGCGCUGCUGCACGCCGCGCUGCGGGCCUGGGUCAUCCAGCGCUGGUGGCGGCAGACGCUGCAGCAGCGGCUGCACAGGAGGCGGCGGGAGGCGCUGGUGAGCUACGCCAUCCGGGAGCGGGCGGUGGUCAAGCUCCAGUCUUUGGUCCGCAUGUGGCGCGUCCACUGGCGAUACUGCCAGGUGCUCAACGCCAUCUACGUCAUCCGUGGCCACUGGCAGAGCCACCACUGCCAGACCUGCGCACUCCUCCGGGGACACUGCGUGGUCACGGCCACCCACCUGCAGUUCCACAUCGAGAUCACCACCCCCUGA